UCAUUCUCUCUCUAAAUUGUGGGAGGAGGAGUACAGAUCAGAGAGAGAUAAACACCACCAAAAAAGAGCCUGCUCAAAUCAAAAUUCCAAAAACCAAAAAAAGAAAAAAGGAAUAGAAAAAGCGCACUACAAAAUCUCUCUGUGCGUGCCGUCACCAGAAGAAGAGGAGAGUAGAGAAGAAGCGAAGCGGUGGGAGAUGGGGCAGAAGUCGCUGAUCUACGCGUUCGUGGCGCGAGGCACCGUGAUUCUUGCCGAGUACACCGAAUUCAGCGGCAAUUUCAACUCCAUAGCCUUCCAGUGCCUCCAGAAGCUUCCGGCCACCAACAACAAGUUCACCUACAACUGCGACGGCCACACCUUCAAUUACCUCGUCGACAAUGGCUACACAUACUGUGUGGUGGCAGAUGAAUCAGUUGGAAGACAAGUGCCUAUUGCUUUUCUGGAGCGUGCGAAGGAUGAUUUUGUUGCGAAAUAUGGUGGUGGCAAGGCCGCUACAGCUGCUGCCAACAGUCUUAACAAGGAAUUUGGGUCAAAAUUGAAGGAACAUAUGCAAUACUGUGUUGAUCAUCCUGAAGAAAUAAGCAAGCUUGCUAAGGUUAAGGCCCAGGUUUCAGAAGUUAAAGGUGUUAUGAUGGAGAACAUUGAAAAGGUUUUGGAUAGAGGGGAAAAGAUAGAGCUUUUGGUUGAUAAGACUGAGACUCUUCAUCAUCAGGCACAGGACUUCCGUAACGUUGGGACUAAAAUGAGAAGGAAGAUGUGGCUGCAGAAUAUGAAGGUGAAGCUGAUUGUUUUGGGAAUUCUGAUUGCAUUGAUCCUCAUCAUAAUCCUCUCUGUUUGCCAUGGUUUCAACUGCGGCGGAAACUGAGUCUUCGCCUGAUCCGUUUAAUCUUGUCAAUCCCGACUUCUGAGAUUAUGUGUUAUUAUAAGAGAAAUAUCAAAUAUCUGUUGCGACUCUGUACUCGGUGAAAAAACAGUGAUUUCCAGAUAUAUGUGGGCGGUAGGAGAAAGCGUAUUUUUUGUGUGAAUGGAACUCCCUAUAUAUGUUAUUACUCUGUUUUUAGAAUGCAUAAUGAAGUUGCUUAUUCUCUCAUCUUGAAA